GUGAUUGUUAGUGACCUGCUGGUCACUAAUCAAGGAUGAUGAGUUUCAGGUGUGUUCCUCUUCGCUCGUGUUGACGGGGCACAUGAGGAAACUUCACCCGGAGAAGAGUGUUCAACGCACCGCCGCCACAAUGCCUCUCACGUCCCUGGACUUCACACUUCUUCUCUAUAUUCUCUCCAGAUUGGUGACGAUUCAGUGCUACACUUACCAGACCAAACCUCUGUUUCUGUCUUUCUCUGAAUUGGCCGCCCUUGAAGCGGACUCUUCGCACGAGGCGAACAAAGCUCACUUCGGGGACCCUGUCGUCGACCUCAAGGUCAAGACGUUUGCGGUUAAAUGUCACGAGGAAGCCGUCGAGGUUGUGAUGAAAGCGUAUCUGUUUGAUCCCGCCCGCCGGCCCGUGGAGCCCGCGCACCUGCGGCUUGGACCUUUCAGCGCCGUGCAAGAUCACUGCACGGCCAAGAUGUCUGCAACGGGGGAGUACGUCAUCAGAGCGUCUCUGGCUGAGUGCGGGGGUGAAGUGACGUUCACCGACAGUGCAGUGCUCUACAGCAACCUCCUGCUGUACUCGCCUCCUCCAUCACCUGGAGGCUUGUUGCAAGCUGAAGGAGCUGCUAUUCCAGUCCGGUGUGAAUAUGGAAGGAGGUACACAGUGAGAAGCCGGGCCCUGAAACCAACCUGGAGUCCUCAGAUCGCCAUCCAGUCUAAACAUCUGGACCUGGACUUCCACCUCAGGCUCAUGACAAAUGACUGGAGCCGCGAGAGAACGUCAUCGGUUUACUUCCUGGGUGAAGUCGUCAACAUCGAGGCCUCUGUCGAUGAUCAUCAUCAUCACCUUCCUCUGCGUCUGUAUGCAGACCGCUGUGUGGCUACUCUGGGCUCCGAUGGGAGUUCUUUCCCCAGUUACCCCUUCAUAGAUCACCACGGAUGUUUUAUAGACUCGCAGCUGAACGGCUCGAGAUCCCGUUUCCUGCCCCGGGUCCAGGACCAACUCCUCCACAUUCAACUUGAACCUUUCCUCUUCCACCAGGACCACAGGCACACGAUUUAUGUCACGUGUUACCUGGAAGCGGAGCCCAGUUCAAACAAGCAGGGAGGGAAGAAGGCCUGCUCGUUGAGGAGGGGGAGGUGGAGGUCAGUGGACGGGGAUGACCGUGUGUGUAAGAGCUGCAGCAGAGUUGAGGUGAACCGCUCCAGUGGUGCCAAGUCCAACCGCAAGAGGGCGCUGCGGAGCAGAGCGAAGCCCAGACAAACUGAGCUGCACCAAACCAACUUGGGUCCAAUGAUAUUUCUGCCUUUUUAAAAAUGAACUACAGUUGGAAAACACAAACCUCUGUAUUGAAGUGAUUGAGUUAAAUAAACAUGUUUAAGUAAUUGAGAAAUGUGAGGAAAAAAGUACAUUUCUUAAUCCUGGCGCAAUUAAUAAUAAUGCAUUUCAUUUUUAUCGCACUCUUCCUUCAAAGAAUCUCAGUGCCACACAUAUCGUGAAAACAAAUAAAACCGAUUAAAACAUAGUUAAAGCAACCCAUACAAAAAUAAAAUAAUAAUGUUUAUAAUUACAUUAUAGUGUGUAAUAAUAAAGUGUUGCUGGGGCAUUUAUCCUUUUUAUGUCCAUAUUUCUCUUGGUGUAAUGAAACUCGGAUGGAUGUUGGCAUAUUUGCACACUUAUUAUUUACU